AUGCCUUUCGUAAAAAUAGCUAUAUAUUUCGUUGAUCGGUUCAAUGAGAAUAUUCCUCCAUUACAAUUUCAAUUUCAAUUUCCAUUUUUCUUCUUCUGCCUCUCCAUUUACCUAAUCGGUUACUUCAUCAUCUUCCGUAACAGAAACCCUAAAAUCCGAACCGAAUUCUCCAGCUGUUUAAUCUCACUCUUCCACGGCACUCCCGCCGCGAUCCUCGGCGCAAUCGCAAUCUUCUCCGACGCCAACCGCGGCUUCGCAGCCUCCAACACACCGUUCCAGAAAACCGAUCUCGAUUACAGCAUCGCUUACUUCGUAACCGAUCUGUUACACUACGUCGUUUUCAUCCCAGGCGACGUUCUCUUCAUCGCUCACCAUUUAGCCACGCUUUUCGUCAUCGUCACGUGCCGUUAUGUUGUCUCUCACGGCGCUUUCUCCGUCGUCGUUUUGCUUGUGCUCGCUGAAGUGACCAGCGCGUGUCAGAAUACGUGGACGCUCGCCGGUGCUUGUAGAUUGGAGAACCGCUUCGCCGCUAGGGUUUACGAUGCUUUGUCUCCGCCGUUUUAUGUGGUGUAUACUGUUGUGAGGGGGUUUGUGGGCCCUUACUUUGUUUUUAGAAUGGUGCUGUUUUAUGCCAGUGGCCUUGCUUCUGGGCUUGUUCCUACCUGGGUUUGGGUUUCUUGGGCUGUGGUUGUGUUUUCGGCUAUUGGUGUUAGUAUUUUGUGGGUGUACUCUCGUUGGGUUGAACUCAUUGGGGAAAGAACUGCUACCAAAUUAGAGCAAAAAGUUAGAUAGGGUUUCUUUAUUCUUUUGUUUUGCGACACCCUCUUGUUGCUAGUGUUGUUUUUGGGGCUACCAAAUCAUGGCAGCUCCAGGAGGUUUUAAAUGCAUGCAAGAUCAAGCUCACAUCUGAAGUCAUUGAAGAAAUUAACAAGAUUCAUUCAAGGUUUCCAAAUCCAUGUCCCUGAACUGAAGAUUGCAGAUAAUUACUCUAAAAAGUGUACAUGGGGGGAUAAAAAGACUAACUCACAUAUACACUGUAAA